AUGAAUGUCCAAUUUGUAGACACAGUAAAGAAGGACAUCUACAACAGCGGCUGGAACCUGCGCAUUCGUAAGGAAGAGAACGUCGAUAAUAUUGAGUUGACAUAUAAGAAGCGAUACUUAGUCAAUGAAGGAAAUUCAGCCACCACCGAGGAAAGCACCAAUGCAGCGCUCAACAAGGCCAAACAGGACGGAUUCGACUCCACUAUCUCCUACAAUGCUCAAGUGGAGGUUGGAUGCCAGAAGCAUACCCUGUCUAUCAGCCUGGAUAAGAAGAUACCCGACAGUGGGUCCUCAAAAUUAGAGCUGCCCAAAGUACAAAAGUCGCGCGAUGUCCUCAUCAAGAAAGCCCCCGAUAUGUUCAAAGACUGGCAAGGCAAAAAUUGGGGCAUUCAGCGUCUCGAGAAGUCUAUCAUCUACGGAUCAGUUCUUGCAAAGCGUUCCAAAGGUACUUUCGAUCAGUUCACGCUAUCCAUUGAGGUGUGGCCAAUCCGGAAGAGCAAAGAGGAUGAGACACCAGCACCCAUCGUCGAAGCUUCGUUCAAGGCGCCCGAUUUGAUAAAGGCGUUGGAUGGGCGCGCCAAGCUUCAGGCUUUCCUGAAAGACAAAGACUGA